AUGGUAAACAGAACUCGAGCCAGCAGCUCAAACACAGGCGAUUCGAGCCAGACCGGCCCGUUCGACAGCAGUGCCUCUUCCAAUGCAGCUCCUCCCUACCAAAUCAAUGCUCGGCAAGACGCAGACACCGAAGACGAUCGAUCUCAAGCCACCGAACCUCCACCGCCAUAUCGGGCGAAAGAAGCUGUCUUCAAGCCCGAGCCUCCCAAGAACUAUACAUAUGGCUACGACGUCUAUUGGAUGACGAUGGGCAAGCACAUGCUAAGUGGAAAGAUUAGGCUAGCCGUAGUUCUACGCAACAUGCCAUCCUCGCGACCGGUCUGGACUAUAGAUAUGACGCCCGCUGUCAAUCUCAAGAAGGAGCCCCACUUGCGGAUAUAUCGACACGCGUUUGGCGAUCCCUCAGAGAGUGCGCGCACUCAUGUUUGUGAGUUCACGCUACACCACCGCACUUCUAACACUGUCGACAUGAAGUUUCCCUGGGCAACUCUAGAAGGUUGGGAUCCUCAAGCAACUCCUUGGACUUCAGCUGCGGGAACAUUAGGAGGAAUGGAUGAGCUCAUGUGGGAGUAUGGAUACAAAGACCCGCUUCACCGUGACGACAAAUCAUACAUCAUCCGAUGUACAGCUCAUGCCGGCAAGACGGAAGUGUGUAGGUUCAACGGCAUCGAGGACGAUGACUAA